ACGUCCAAUAGUCUGUGAACAAAGGCGAUGAACAGUGAUACGUCGGGAUACAUCCAAACAUACACGCCAUAUAUGUCCGGGUUAACCCGGACAUUCCAAAAAGACACAUUACAUAAGCCAUUACUAAUCACAUCGCGGACACGACAUCCCGUCCUCCCUCCGUUGGCCUCACUGCCCAGGAUCAACAUUAACCCAUUCAAUUCCUCUUCAAUUAGAUUCCAAUCCGGCUCAUCUCAAUCAGUUCGGAAGAGAGAGACCACCAAUCGUCGACAGCGCACGCCCAACAGCUUCAAAACCACCGCAAUCAUUAUGUCUGACCUGCUACAAUCCAUACGCCCGUACUUGGAAGGCCCAAUCUCUUUCAAGGCACAAAGAACUACACACGAUGUCUCAUUACUGUUGCUAAACUUUGGUGCCUUCGUAUCAUUCGGAGUCGGCUUUGUAUUCCAGAGCAUACUCGCCAGUGUUUAUACUUUUGUCGGUGUUUUGGCUGUGACCCUUCUCAUAGUUGUGCCACCAUGGCCUUCUUUUAAUGGUGAUGAGGGACUGAAAUGGCACGAACCCAAAGUUGAUAUCCUCAAAUGAGUUCAUCCUGCUUACGCUACA